CUCUCUGUCUUUGGGAAGCGUGCCGGCCAACGGUGGCCGGCCUAGUAUUUUAAAGUGUGGGCCUUUUUGGCCGUGGCUUCUUCUGUCUUUUCUUUGGUCUUUGCUGCCUCUCGGCCUACGUGGCCGAGUUUCCCCCGAUGCACCACCUCUCUCUUCUCUCUCGGCUGUCGUUCUUUACCCCUUUAUGCGAUUUUGCACCGAAGCCUCCUUUGGGGCGGCGGCCCCUCUUUCUUCCUCACAGGGAAGCGUGCCGGCCAACGGUGGCCGGCCUAGUAUUUCAACGUGUGGGCCUUGUCGGCCUACGUGGUCGACGUGUUUCCCACGAUGCACCGCCUCUCUCUUCUCUCGCGGCUGUCGUUCUUUACCCCUUUGUGCAAUCUUGCACAGAAGCCUUCUUUGGGGCGGCGGCCCCUCUUUCUUCCUGUCAGGGAAGCGUGCCGGCCAACGGUGGCCGGCCUAGUAUUUCAGUGUGUGGGCCUUGCCGGAUGUGGCUUUUUCUUUCUUUUCUUUUCUUUUCAUGAAAUCAGCGGGGAGGAUGGGCGGGUUGUGUUUCCACAGAACACCACUCAAAGAAACAGUUACAGGUAUCCAAUACUGUUCUAAAUUGCUCGACAACAAAAUGAUAGAAUCAUAGAAACAUGGCACCAAACAUCCUAGAAUCAUAAAGCUAGAAGAGACCAUCCAGUCCAACGCCAUUCUGCCAUGCAAAAACAAUAUACAGUAGAGUCUCACUUAUCCAACACUCGCUUAUCCAAUGUUCUGGAUUAUCCAAGCCAUUUUUGUAGUCAAUGUUUUCAAUACAUCAUGAUAUUUGGGGGUUAAUUUGUAAAUACAGUAAUUACUACGUAAUAUUACUGCGUAUUGAACUACCUUUUCUGUCAAAUUUGCUGUUAAACAUGAUGUUUUGUUGCUUAAUUUGUAAAAUAACCUAAUUUGAUGUUCAAUAGGCUUUUCCUUAAUGUCUCCUUAUCAUCCAACAUAUUUGCUUAUCCAACGUUCUGCUGGCCCGUUUAUGUUGGAUAAGUGAGACUCUACUGUAUCCAGAAAUAUCUGAUGCUGUAACCGAUAUAUCAUUUACCGUCCCGGAAAACUAGCCAGAUGGCCCAUGAAUGGUCUCAAAAGUCAUGGAAAUAUGGUCACAGAAGUCAUGGAAUAAUAGAAACAUGGUCCCUAAAGUCAUAGACUCAAAGAACCAAGUCACAGAAUCAUCCCAAAAGUCCUAGAAUCCUAAAAUGAUAGAAUCAUAGAAUCAUAAAGCUAGAAGAGACCAUCCAGUCCAAUGCUAUUCUGCCAUGCAAAAGCAAUAUAACACUCUUGCAGGCUUCAUCAUUACUGGAUCCGUCCUUCAGGACUUUGGCAAACGUUGGAUGUGCAAUGUUGCUAUUUCAUCCAAGGCAGAAAUGCAACUCAUUUUUGGAUGGACAAACAGAACCACAACUGCUAACGUUCCCUUAAGGCAGUGGUUCUCAACCUGUGGAUCUCCAGGUGUUUUGACCUACAAGUCCCAGAAAUCCCAGCCAGUUUACCAGCUGUUAGGAUUUCUGGGAGUUGAAGGCCAAAACAUCUGGGGACCCACAAGUCGAGAACCACUGCCUCAAGGGACAAACUCUGGCAUUACCUCCGAAGUGAAAGAAUUGGAAAACCCCAACUCUUCCUUGAAAACCUGUGAUGUCUAGACAUGUGUGGGUUAAAUCUAGGGCAAAGGAGGGUAAAAAUUGAUGGGAGGGUCCAAUGUGAAAGGUUUUGAACCCCUCCCCUUAUAUAUAAAACAAAGACUCCGCCUCCAAUAUGUGGCAUUCAGUGUGUGUCCACACCAGGGUAGAAUUGGCACCAUGCUCUCCGGAUCAGCCAUGCACGUGCCACAUUAUGCCCCUUCCAUGUUCAGGGAGUUUGACAGAUGGAAGGACUAUCUGAGCCUUGCGAAAGUGGUUACGGAGAUCAUCGCGGAACGCAAGAAGGUCCCGUUUCCAUCUCAGAGUUGGGACACAAUGGACUACGACAUGCAGCUAGUCCUCAACGAGGACAACUUUGAAACAGCAUCACAAUGGGUUAAUGGAAGCGGUUCCAGCAGCAAGAGCUCCAAAGGUAGUGCCAAUGGCCAGGCUUCCCAAAACAAGGAGAUUUGCAAUUUCUGCAAACACAACGGGGAAUCCAAGCAGGUCUAUUCGUCCCACCGGCUGAAGGGGAUGGACGGCACCGUGGAGUGCCCCAUCUUGCGCAAAUACACCUGUCCGCUCUGCGGUGCCACGGGCAAAAAGGCCCAUACUUUAAAAUACUGCCCACUGAGCCAAGGGAAGAGGUCGCUGUAUCGCAAGUGCGGACGCAACUCGGCUGGACGCAAGGUGAGGAGAUAAGAUCAGGAGAAGACCGAAGCAUUUAUUCUUUGUUUUAGUUUGACUUUGGAAAAGAACAACAUUUGAUUUUGAGCAUCAUUAACACUCUUUAGAUUUCCUCCCACUUUGUUUCAGGUUUGGAGAAUGGAAGUCCAAUUCUCUUAGACUACAUUUGUGAGUCCAGAAAUGUUUUUUUUUAUGUAUAUUGUUGCCUUCUUUCACAUUUGUUGUACCUAGGUUAAUUAUAUUGUGUUUCUUUUAGAUGUGUCAGUUGCCUAGUGUGAUGACUCAUGGGCCCUGCAGUCCUAUUCCUGACAGUAUUGUGGCAGAUGAGGAGGAAAAUAUGGAGUUUUCCCCAGAUUUCCGGUCGGAGUCAGAGCCUUGCCAGCUGCCUGAAGUUCUAGUCCAAGAACCAAUUAAACCUGACCUUGGUUGGAACUCUCUCCCUUAUGGGUGAAAACAGGCCUACACGACUGAUAGAGGAUCGAGAGAGAAAUUUAGAAGGAGUGCUCGCCUUGCUGCCAAAUAUGCCACUGAUUAGAAGUAUUUCCCCUGAGAAAAUACGGGGAGUCUUGCACCUGCAAGCUGGUUUCCUUCGCUCCCUGUUCUCUAGGGAAAGUGAUUGUUGUUUGGGGAAACGAGACCGAAUAUAGGGAAAUUGCGCGAAGGAUUCCUUGCGGAGUCAAUUCGUCAGCUCCUGGAGAGAGGUCGUGUGUGUGGACUUCGAAUCCUGUUCCUUGCCUCCUGAAUCUAGUUCCAAGCCUUGUCCUCGUCUCACGGAUUUACCACGGAUCUUGUUCCAUGCUUCAAGUUGCUUUGCCUUUAGCCACAGCUCCAGCCACGUUCCAAGUUACUUUCAGCCUUGUGUCAAGCUUCAUUGGAUUCAAGACUUUUGCUGUUUUCCCAACGCUUUGCUUGGCAAAGCGUGUGUUGCGGUUAUUGGAUUAUAAUCUUUGGACUCUAAUAUUUCAUAUUGGACAAUAAUCUACUGGACUAUAUUUGGCCUCAUUUGAAAGGUCUGCUUCUGAACUUUAUUCUACACUUGUUUUUAAUGACUUUAUAUAUUCCUUUAAUAAAAAUAUUAGAUAGAA